AUGGUCUAUCACGUGCGUACCCUAAGACAACACUCUGAAUCCAUAUUUGUCGUCAAUUUCUCCAAAAAAAAGCCUUCAUAUGGCCAAAUCAACGAAGAAGAACGAGAAACCCUAAUCUUCAAAACAACGUACCUUCUGGCCAAGUAUCAUGGUUCAAGUGCUAUUGUCGCUCGUGAACAUCAAAGAGAGUCAGAAUACCUCAAGAUUGAGCAAGGAACAAUCCUGAUUAGAGAAUAUGAUGUUCCGGCGCGGUGGUUUCUCGUCUCCGAUUUGCUUCCGCUUCCAUUAGCGUAUUUGGAGAUUCAUAAUUCUCACCAACUCCUCCGCAGAUCCAAAUCUUCUCCGAUUUCAAGCCUCAUCGUGGUUUUGUUCUCAGUUCUGAGUUUCGACCUCAACUCUGUCAACAUAUACGAAUACAUACAUGUUCAUAAAGAGUGGUUGAAGGAAGAAUAA